AUCCCUCACCCCGGCACCUACCUACCUUUGUCUCUCUGAACUGGCCUCCUGCACCCUGGCUCCUCCUUGUUGAAGAGCUGCCAGACUGCUUUGGUUUCCAUUUUCUGCAGAAGUCCAGCUCUGUGUAGAGACAGCUGAAUGAAAGGCAGCAGGGGCCACAGAGGCCAUGGAGAGAUGGCUUUUUCUGGCCCCCAACCACCCUACGUGAGCCCGGCUGUUCCCUUUUCUGGGGUGAUCCAAGGAGGUCUCCGGGAGGGGCUUCAGAUCACUGUCCAGGGAGCCCUUCUUCAAUCCAACACAAACAGAUUCUCUGUGAACCUCCAGAGUGGUUUCAGCGACAACGACAUUGCCCUUCACUUCAACCCACGGUUUGAAGAGGGAGGGUAUGUUGUUUGCAAUACAAAGCAGAACGGAAAUUGGGGACCAGAAGAGAGGAAGAUACAAAUGCCCUUCCAGAAGGGGAAGGCCUUUGAGCUCUGCUUCCUGGUGCAGAGACAGGAGUUCAAGGUGACGGUGAACAAGAGGUUCUUUGCGCAGUACCCACACCGAGUGCCCUUCCACCUUGUGGACACCAUCUCUGUCUCCGGCCCUUUGCAGCUGUCCUGCAUCAGCUUCCAGAACUUCCCUGUGCGGCCUGCCUUCUCCAAGCCACAAUUCUCCCAGCCUGUGCAUUUCCCACAGAAGUCCAGGAGGCACAAAGCAAACCCUCAAGGCAUUUGGCCUGCCCCGGGUCUGGUGACUCAACCCAUCAUGCACGGUGUCCCUGGACCGGUGUUCUCUAAUCCUGGACUAUUGCCUAUAAUGUACCCCAACCAAAACUAUCCCAUUCCUUACUUCACCUCCAUCCCAGGAGGGCUGUUCCCAUCCAAGGUCAUCACUGUGUCCGGCAUCAUCUCACCCAAUGCUAAGAGGUUCCACAUCAACCUGCGCUGUGGGAGUGACGUCGCCUUCCACCUGAACCCACGUUUUGAUCAAAACACUGUGGUCCGAAACACUCAGAUCCAGGGCCGCUGGGGGGCAGAGGAGCGAAGCCUGCCCUUCACUAUGCCCUUCAGACAAGGCCAGGGCUUCCUGGUGGGGAUCAUAUGCGAAGGUCACUGCUACAGGGUGACCGUGGACGGCCAACACCUCCUGGAAUACGCCCACCGCCUGAAGGACCUGAGGGCCGUCAAUAACCUGGAAGUGGCUGGUGACAUCCAGCUGACCCAUGUGCAGGCUUAGGUGGGCUCUGCGAGCUGGCAAAGGUCUGGGUGCGCUACUCUGUCUCCUCCCCCCUCCGCUUCCCAGAGGGGCCCCAACGUCCUGAGCCCCGACUUCUCAGCAGAUGGCGCCGAGGCGUGCGCUGCAGGGGAACCACCAGGUCCACACCUCCAGGCAGAGAAUGGGGGUCCCGAGCCUGCUGAGCCCCCAGCCCCGUCCCACACAACCUGCGGCUCUUAACCACCUUCCCACGCUCCCUGCAGCCACUCAGAGAGCCCGAGCCACAGCUGUGCACUCCAGGGAUGAGGCGACCUCCACGGCACCCCCAUUCCCGUGACCUUUACCCUCUCCCUCGGCUUUGCACCCUGCUGCAACACUGCCCCCUCUGGGGAGGCCGCCCUG